AAUCAAUGGAGGUAGCUGGGGCAUCAGGAGCAGAUGGUUUAAGAGAUGCUCUUGAGGUCUGAGCAGGACCCAGUUGCAGCCAAUAGAACAAACCUGUUUCAGGAAUGGAGCUGGUUCAUGAACUGCCCAGACUGACCCUCAAGAAAGGUAAGACUAUCCGAGAGGUAAUGAAGGAGAAGGGAGUGCUGGUGGAAUAUCUGAAGCACCACAAAAUCGAUCCAGCCAGCAAGUACCAUUUCAAUGAGUACAAUGUUGCUUUUGAACCAAUGGCGUAUAUGGAUGCAUCCUACUAUGGGGAGAUCAGUAUUGGAACCCCGCCCCAGAACUUCCUGGUGCUCUUCGACACCGGCUCAUCCAACCUGUGGGUGCCCUCGACAUACUGCCAGAGCCAGGCCUGCAGCAACCAUGCAAGAUUCAACCCCAGCCAGUCCUCCACCUACUCAUCCAACGGGCAGACCUUCUCCUUGCAGUAUGGCAGUGGCAGUCUCACUGGGUUUUUCGGCUAUGACACCAUGACACUCCAGAACAUCGCUGUCACCAACCAGGAGUUCGGUCUGAGUGAAAACGAGCCUGGCACCAACUUCAUUUAUGCUCAGUUUGAUGGCAUUCUGGGUAUGGCUUACCCUAGCCUGGCGGUAGGAGGCGCUACCACUGCUUUGCAAGGGAUGCUGCAGGAAAACCUGCUUUCUCAGCCAAUCUUCAGUUUCUAUCUGAGCAGCCAGCCAAGCUCUCAAUACGGUGGGGAGGUCGUUUUUGGAGGAGUAGACAGCAGCCUUUAUUCCGGGCAGAUCUACUGGGCUCCCGUCACUCAAGAGCUGUACUGGCAGAUCGGCAUUGAUGAGUUCGCCAUCGGUGGACAGGCAACAGGCUGGUGCAGCCAGGGCUGCCAGGCCAUUGUGGAUACAGGAACCUCCCUCCUCACCGUCCCACAGCAGCUCAUGAGCACCUUCCUGCAGGAUGUAGGUGCUCAGGAGAAUGAGUACGGCGAGUAUGUGGUUGACUGCAGCAGUGUCCAGAGCUUGCCCACCAUUUCCUUCACCAUCAAUGGAGUUUCAUUUCCUCUGCCUCCCUCGGCCUACAUCCUCAGCAACAAUGGUUACUGCUCCGUUGGGGUUGAGCCCACGUACCUGCCUUCCCAGAACGGGCAGCCCCUCUGGAUCCUGGGAGACGUCUUCCUCAGGCAGUACUACUCCGUCUACGACAUGGGCAACAACAGAAUCGGUUUUGCUGCCGUUGCCUAGACCUCCAGAUCAUCACUUGAGCUGGGCUGGGCAGCUUGUCUGUUUUUUCCCACACACUUCAGUUCCUGUGGACGGAUCCUUCUGAACUAACCUUCCU